AUGUCAAGGAUGGACUGUAUAAUCGCACCUCGAGUACCUCGAGGUUUGGCUCACGCGGUUGAAGGACUCUCAAGAGAAAUUUUACGACAAAAACCUCGAAAUAUUUACGCAUUUGCGGCUCAACAUUUUGCAAAAUUGGUCGAAUUGAGGGAUAAAGAACAUUGUCGUACCGAUGAAAUCGUUUCCAAGAUUUUGGGUUGCAAAUCGGUGAAUCGUGAAUGCGAUAACAUUCUCGAUUGGGCUGGAUUUAAUAAGAAUGUAGUAGAUGGUAAUAACGAUGUCGGUGACGUUAGAAAUUGGAACGAUCGUUUUUUUGUUUAUAAAUAUGAUAACUGGAUGGAAAAAGAAAUGAUAUCUACGAUAAAAGAGAGAAGAGAAACGAAUGCGAUACCGAAGAAAAAAAAAAGAGAAAUGGGAACUGGAAUCGGUUGGUCCAUAAAUCAAACUGUCAAAGUAUUGAAAAAGCACGAAUAUGCGACGUGUCGUGUCGAAGAAAGCGAAAAUUUGUGCGAUAUACGAUCAAAGAGAAGAGAGUUUGAGAAAAUAAGUCCCGAUCACAUUGAUAAUGAUUCGCACCAACUUUCAAGAAAAAUUAUCUGCGGACAAUGUUUUCGAUCUAUGUCAGCUGAUAAUAUAUCGUUAAAGAGAAAUAUCAAAGAUGAGGAAGUGAAAGAAAAACGGAAAAAAUUGCGUAACUUUGCUUUGGAUAAGUAUGGAAUAAGUAAGAUAGAAGAAAAAUGUGAGAAAUGCGAAAGAAACGCGUACAAUUUGAUACGGCAAAAAAGUGCCGACCAGAUCGAAAGAACGUGUAUACAUUUUAAAUGUGGGAAUGGAGAUGGAAAUAUCGUUGGUCGAAGAAGAAGUCGAUCACUCGUAAAUAACGAAGGUGGGAAAGAAUCGAACAGGAAUGUGGAGGAGUAUCGAAGAGAGCUGCGAUGGCAAUAUGGGAUAGAGAGUGGAAUAUUUCGAAAUUUGAAAGAACAAUGGAGAAGGAUAACGAUCGAAGAUGAGGAGACGGAGAUGCGUAAAUUGGAAGAAAAAUUGAACGAUACGGAAAAAGAAGGUGUCGAAAAAUUAGGUUUGCGAUUAGGAAAAAAGUGUGAGAAAGAAGAAUUGAAAAAUAACGAAAUGGAAGAGGAUACGUUUAACGAUAAAUCACGGAAUAAUGAAAUUUCUAACGAUGUGACGAAUAAAAUGAUGACGAGUAUCGAUCGAAUUGACGUUUCGGUGAUGCUUCCGUCUGUAAUUACGCGACCAUCAUCUUCUGGAAAAUUUUCUACGGGAAGGAAUAUCGCGAAUUACGAAUUCGACGAACGGAAUAACACGAACAAUUUCACUUUACCACCGAUUUCGAACGAUGGAUCGAAGCCGAUGAAGAAAGAGAACGAUUUAACGUUACCAUUUUUAUCGAACGAAACUGAUAUGCGAUUGAACGAAGAAACGAUACGAUAUCGUGGACGCGAAGAGUCAAAUUCGAAUCGAAACCGCAAAGAUAUCGAAAUUACUGCAAAUAUUGAUUACGAUUCGAAAGCGAUUGAGAAAGAACACGAAAGCGAGAAUUCGAAGAGCGAUGCGAAUGACGAUAACGACUCGUGGAAAUAUCAUUGGGACAAGUGUGAAGAGAAUGGAAUUGUUACGGGAGAAAAAAUGGAGCAAAAUACCGAUGAAAUACAAAUCCUGGGAGAAUUAGAAAUUCUAGAAAGUUCAAAUUUACAAAUGGAAACGGAGAUCGAGGAAACUUUUAAAGAUAGUUUGAACGUUACACCAGAUUCGUUAGAGUAUUUGAAGAAAGAGGAGGAGGAGAUGAAAGAGGAGAAGGAGGAGGAGGAGGAGGAGAAAAAAGAACAAUAUCGAUCGAAUGAACUCGAAAGGAAAUUAAUGGAGAUAGAAACGGUGGAGAAAAGUAUCGAAAAUACGCUAGCUUCGUCUCGAACGAUUUCAACUUUUAAUAAGGAAUUGGAAGAUUCGUGUUUAAUUAAAUGUAAUAUCGAGAGAAAUUUGGAAUCACAAGUAUUGGAAAGCGUGUGCAAAAUCGAUAACGAAAACGAUACGAUAAUUAUCGAGAAUGAAACGAGAAAACAAGCGGUAGGCGAAGGGGAUGAAUGGACAAGGAAAAAUUUGGAUAAAAGCGAGAGAGUGAAAAGCGGAGAAAGCGAAGAAUAUAAUAUCGAAAUCGAAUCGAUGGAAAAAUCUGAAAAAAAUUGCUCCGACGAUGUGGAAAUUUUCAUUAGAAGUGAUAAUAAUGACGAGAUCGUUUCGAGCGUUCGAGAAACGUGUAAUCAUUCCCCGAGAAGAGAAAUUGAUCUUUCUUGCUAUAUCCUUACCGAAGGAUCCCCUUGUGAAAUACCGGAAACCGUAACUACCGUCAUUAUACCGGAUAAAAUUGAAUUUGAGAUGGACGAAACGAACGGCGAAAAUAUUACGAACGAUAUCGUUGUUAAUGACGUUCCAUGUUGGAAUAAAGAGAAAGAAUAUCGGGAUAAUCGUACGAAUCCGUUUGGAGAAUAUGUGGAACAUUUGGAGACGAUUGAUGACGAUCAUUCGUCCAGUGUUCAUGCUCAUUUUUUGCAGGAUAUAAAAAAUACGGUUUAUCGAACGUCAUCUCUUUAUCAAGAGGAUCUUCUUGGAAAUAUCAAAGAGGAAGAAGAAAAUGAAAGAGAAAAAUUUUGCAACGUUACGGAGCAACGUAGCAUCGAUUAUACGAGUGAUUCCUCGCAAGCAAAGUCGUCAAGUUGUAAUGAACAAUAUAAAAUUGAUACGACGAACGAUACGUUCCACGUUUUUACGAAUGAUGCGAGUCUAAGGGAAAGAGGAAAGAAAGAGGAAAGAGAAACAUGGAGAUCCGAUCGUUGGGAUGAAUUUUCUCUCUCGUUCGAACAAACUGAAUUAAAAUUACCCGAAUUCAGUUUGAAUUGUUCGCGCGAUAUUGAAACAUCGACAUCGUCGAUCCAAGGAAACGAUUCGAAAAAUUUUGAUGAUGAUGAUGAUCGAUCGGAAAAAGGAAAUGACGACAACGUUACUCUUUACGAAGAUGAAAAUACUUUCAUAGGUUGUAAAGAUAAACAGCCGAUCGAGGAAAUUUCUCUUGAGAAAAAUGAAUGUUUUCAAGAAGAAUUAUUUAUCGAACAACCGCCAAAAAAUGAAGCGAUCGAGGAUAAGAGAAACAAAAUUGAAACUUCAAAAUUUGAAGACGAUAAAUCUAUCGACAUGUCUGUUGUUUAUGAUAAAUAUGGAAACGAUUCUCGUUUCGUGGAAGAGGAAAUUGCGAGAGAAUUGAUACAAAAUUUUAUUCUCGACGCAUCGAUAAUUUGGGAAAAUGAAAAUGAAUCGAGAGACAUGACUGUUUUCCCGCUUAAGGAUCCGAUAUCUUCGACUUGUAAAUCUGGAUUGAAUGAUUUUGCGAUUGAAUGUCAUCCAUUCGUGCAAGGAUCGACACUUGAAACGACGAGCGAUCAUCUUUCUUAUCGAGAAGAAAUCGAUAAUGAUAUUCGAUCGUGUGACGAGCAAAUUAUAAAAGAAAAAAAGAAAAAUGAAGUAGAAGGAAGGGAAAACGGACAAGAAACAACCGAGGAAAAAGAAGAAAAAGAAAAAGAUGAAAUAAAAAUGAUUUUUUCCGAAAAUCAACGAAAGAGAAACGAAAAAAUUGCCAAUUUUCGACAUACUGGAGAAUUUCACGAUUCCUUGCCGUUACCUUUUGUCGAAAUUUCGAAAAAUAUUUUAUUCACCGAGAAUGUUUGCGCUUUAAAAUCUAUACGUCGAACUACGAAUGAUAUUAUCCUUACGCUUCCAAGUAACGAAACAUAUGCAACAGUUUCUUCUGGCGUAACAUUAUUCGAUUCUUCUCAGAUAACUGUUCCUCGUGGCAUCGAUAUUUUGAAAAAUUUCACGUUAUUCGUAAACAAAUCGAAUUGGAACGAAUCAUCUCCUCAAAACGCUUCGUCCCCAAUCCUUCGCAUUGAUCGUGCGUUCGAUCAAGCUUAUACAACGGAAAAAAUUCUUGUUCCCCGUGUAGAGGAGACAAAUAUGAAUUUGAAUAUUGAUGAUAUACGUGAGCCAUUAGCGAUUGAUAAUACACCAAGGCCUAUAAUUAUAGAAGAAAUUGCAAAUAUCGAUGAAGAAAAAGAGGAAAUUUGUUUCAAAGAACGAAUGUACGAUAACGAAUGUAAGAAUAAUAUCGAGAAGGAAAAAGAAUCAUCGAUCCAUGAAACAAAUUGAAUUGGACAAUAAUUUAUUUUAUAAGUGCAUUAUGCUUUAAAAUAUAUAUAUAUAUCGAUUACGUUAUACAUUAUAUUAUACAUAUAUAUAGAAGAUAUAUAAAAUAAGAAAAAAAAGAAAUGUAUACUUAAUUUAAAAAAAAUGAAAAUCGUGUGAUCAAAUUUUUAAAAAAAUGCAAUAUGCGAUAUAUUUUCAUCGAAACAUCGACGAAUAUCGAUCGAAGAAUCGAUGAAUUUAAGUUUAUUUUUUGCUCUUAAGAAGUUUUUUAUUUUAUUUAUGCGAAAAUCGUAUAAAACAGAAAAACGAAAGAAAAUAAAGAAAUAAUAUAAGAAUAUAAUUAGAUAUAGAUAUAUUAUUAUUAGAUUUAAAAAAAAACAAGAUAAUAUCUGAUCGUACAUCAUGAUUGUAAAGAAUGUAAAACAAGGCGCAUGCGCGAGUAACGAAAAAAUAAUUUAUUUGUUAUGGAUUAUAUAUCGACAAUUCAAAAUUUCAAAUAAUCUCGUUGUUGCAUAAAAAUUGCCCGUACAUAGAUACACAGAUUCUUCAUUUUUAUUUAUUAUUUUGUUAAUAUAAUUAUAUAAUAUAAUAUAACAUAAGAUAGAAUAUAAAAUUAUACGCGAAUGAAUGAAAUAUAAUUAUGAAAUUUCGUAUAUUUUAUUUAUAUAAUAUAUUUCAUGACAAAUAAAAUAAUUUUUAUAGAUACGAAUACGAUAAAAAAUAUCGGAACGUGGAUAUAGAAUUGGAAUUUCAAUUGAAUUUAAAUUAAAUUUUGGGUAUUUGAUAUCGUAACUAUUGAUUGUUUAAAUACUUAAACUUGAUCUACUCUACAACGAUCGCUGUGGAUACAGGUUAUCGUAUUAAUAUCGAGAAUGAUCUCCGUAAGAUUCGAAUGGAUUCAUAAGUACCUAUAUCAAGGAACAAUCGAAAUAGCAUCAGUGAGAAGCAACGGUGAGUGUUGGCAACAACGUUGACAUUAUGUACUAUUUUGCGAAGCAUGAAAAUAUUUGAUCAGCGACUAGUUACCGUUCAACCGUUUAACAGUAAUGUUUUAACGUGAAUUCAUAUUACGAUUAAAUAAUAUUCUACGAUCGACAGUGUUACAUUUUUACCACCGAUCUUGGAGGUAUGCAAAAAUAAAUUGGUUAUGCGUAUACAUAUACAUAUACUAUAUUAUAUGUAUAAGUUUUUGCUUUUACGACGAAACUGCUCAUACGUCAAAUUCUAAAAUUCUUACCGUGCUGUUUUUGGACAUUGUAUUUUAUGUAUGCGAUUUGUUCUACGGUAUAUAUGAAAGAGACGAGUCGUUAUAUUUGUCAAAUCAAGCAGGAUGUCCCUCUAUCUCUAUCGUAUAGUCAUGAUAAAUAAAUGGGACAUGAAAAAGAAACAAUUAAUGAAAUCAACGAACAAUGAGAAGGGAGAUAUUGAGAAAUUACAAAAUAUCGAGUAUAUUUACUAACGAGAUUGAUCGACGUUUCGUUUUAUUUUUAUUUGCGAAAUGUAUAACAUAUACCUUAAUGAUGCAUUGACGUUUAAUAUAUAGUUUUUUUUAUUAUCGUUUAAGUAUCAUUAAGAAAAUUAGAAAUCAAGUCAGAAUCAAACUAUAUUUGAUAAUUUAUUAAACGUUUUAAUGGUAUCCAUCGAUUCGUUUGGCGCACUCUCUCUCUCUCUCUCUCUCUCUCU